AUGAACACACAGAAGCUCACUUGUUUUCUCUUUCAACGCUCCAUACUCUCUCUUUUCCUGACGAAGGAAGUUUCUUUGUAUUUUUUUUUAAUUAACUGUCAGGUGAAGUACAGUCAUAACCCAGUAGGAUCUUAUGCUACUUCUGUUUGGGAUUUUUCCUCUUCUUUUUUAAAUUUUUUUUUGUACUUCAGAUUGGUUGCCUGUUCUUCAGUGUGCAUACAAACCUUUUCCUUUUCCCUUGCUUUCCUUUCUCCUUUUCCCCUCCACCUCCCGGGCUAUGCUCUCCUCACCCACUGUGAUCCUCCAGCCUUACGGACUUCCCGUCUAUCCACAGACAACCACAUGCUACCCCAGCAUAGUUCAGGGGGGGCCCGCCCCAGAGGCCGGAGCCGGCAGCGCAGACCCCGCCCUCCCACAGGUUUACGCUCCGCCACCUUCGUACCCUCCGCCUACUCAAGGCCCACCAACAUCUGCCAGCAGGCUGCCCACUCUUGAUUUCAGCUCACACAGCUCUGACUACCCUGAACACCCCCAGCUCAGGGUCUAUCAGGGUCCCCAGCUCGAAGGGGCCGACACCCUGACCCCCAGCAACACGGAGGACGCUUUGGCCAGCGUGACCUCUGACCCCCAGGCUCUCGGUGUGUCUGUGUCGUCGGGGGCAGGAGCGGGAACCGGAACAGAGGAGGAAAGCUCAGGGAAGGCCCAACCAAAGCGCCUGCAUGUCUCCAACAUCCCUUUCCGCUUCAGAGACCCUGACCUCCGCCAGAUGUUUGGGCAAUUUGGUAAAAUCCUCGAUGUAGAAAUCAUCUUCAAUGAAAGAGGGUCAAAGGGUUUUGGAUUUGUGACUUUUGAGAGUGCCACGGAGGCGGACCGAGCGAGAGAAAAGCUAAAUGGGACGAUCGUAGAAGGGAGGAAGAUUGAGGUCAAUAAUGCCACUGCAAGAGUCGUCACCAAGAAGCCUCAGACACCGCUUAUGAAUGGAGAAAUAUCAACAUCUGGUUGGAAGAUCAACCCAGUAAUGGGAGCAAUGUACGCACCUGAGCUUUAUACAGUUGCCAGUUUUCCAUACCCUGUAGCGACUCCUACCUUGGCCUACCGGGGAUCUGCACUGCGAGGUCGGGGUCGUGCCGUCUAUAACACGAUUCGUUCUGCGGCCGGCACUCCUGCCGCUGUCCCCGCCUACCCGGGUGUUGUAUAUCAGGAUGGACUCUAUGGAGCAGAAGUUUAUGGAGGUUAUCCUACAGCGUACAGAGUGGCUCAGGCUGCAUCUGCUGCUACCGCAGCCUACAGCGACGGAUACGGACGGGUUUAUGCCGCAGCAGCCGACCCUUAUCACCACUCAGUUGGACCAACAACCACAUAUGGAGUCGGGACGAUGGCCAGCCUGUACCGAGGAGGAUACAACCGCUUCACCCCCUACUGAGCCGCCCAGAUGUUUCCAUCUGUCCUGAACUCUGGGACUGGGAUAGGUCAUGAUAUCUUAAAGGAUGGGAAUGUCCGUUAUCUUCCCCAGAGACGAACCAGAGUGUUACUGUGGAUCCCUUAGGACCCGUUUAUCUGCUGAAGAGGAGGAUCUUAUGUAAUUUAUUAGGCCUUUACCUGAGUUUGUUUGAGUGAACUGAUUCUCCAGAGACAUUGGCUGGUGUUAAAUGCUGUGAGACGAGUUGUUGUGUUUCAAAAUCAAAACAUUUCAGGGGUCAAAGUGUACAAAGCAGCAUUUUGUACAAUGUUAAAUGACUUAUUUUUGAUGGUGCCCUGUUUUUGAGUGCGUGACUGUGUGAGUGUGGGAGCGCACUUUGUUCAGCGACAGCGUGGACGCAGACGCAGCUCCGACGUUACCAUCUCUAUCGGGGCUGUUUGUCUGGAUGCAGCUGGAAUCAAGUCUCUUCUCACCCUAACCAUCUACCUCUCAAUCAUUUUUAGUUUCAUGUAGCUGUUGGGUUGAAGUAUUUGGAAGAUUUCUUUUGUUUUGUUUAUUGUACACCUUUUCCGUCCAUGUAGCCAAACGAAUUCAUUUUGUUUUCCAUUAACCUUUCUGGCUUUUAGUAGGGGAACUAAUAUUCUGGGGAUUUUCUCAUCCUUUCCUGCAGCUCUUACUAUUACUUCCUGUAUUAUUCUUUUUCUGCCUGUCUUUUAUUUUUGUUGCACUCCCUUUUUUUUCUGCUAUGUUUGAUGUUUACCUCUGAAUAAACCUGAUUUUCUUCUCUUUUC